AUGACAGUUCAAGGCCAACGCACUCAUCCCCUCCACGCUUUGAGCGAGGAGGAGAUGCUUAAAGCCGCGGAGAUAGUGAGAACACUCGUCAAAGAGAAGUUUGAAGGCAAGGAGGAAGUUUCACCGAAAGCAUCGUCAGUCUGGACACUGGGACCGAGGUCAAGUCGACCCUAUCUAAGCCUGGAGAUUAUGCCGGCUUCGACAGGUUCGGAUGAGGUUAUCGCAUUCAACUAUGCCAUUCUAUCUCAUCCAGAGGUCCUGGACGCUAUCAAGAAGCUUGGUCUGGACCCCAACGUGACGGUCCAAUGCGACACUUGGCCAUUCGGAGCAGACAAAGACUCUUCAUUGGAGACCCCUAGACUGGUUCAAGCUAUGCUCUACGCCCGCGCCCCGCAUAAUCACCUUGAGAGUAACAUGUACUCUUACCCGCUUCCCAUUUCUCCCGUCAUUGACUCGGUUGAUCUGAAACUCGUUCGAAUUGACGCUCUGCCUACGGGUGGCAAGGAGGACGGAGCAGCCAUCCAUACGGCACCAGAGGCUCCUCUUGCUCACUGCGCCGAGAACGAAUAUCACCCUGAUCUUCUGAGCGUCAAGCUGCGAGAUGAUCUCAAGCCUCUUGUCAUUCAACAGCCUGAAGGACCCAGCUACACCGUGCAGGAUGGGAACUCUAUCUCUUGGCAGAAAUGGCGAUUCCGCAUUGGCUUCAAUUGGCGAGAGGGCAUGACCAUCCAUGAUGUGAGGUAUGACGGACGAAAGACCUUCUAUCGAUUGAGCAUGAGUGAGAUGACGGUACCAUAUGGAGAUCCCAGAUAUCCAUACCAUCGUCGACAAGCUUUUGAUCUCGGCGACGCUGGUGCGGGCCUGACAGCUAACAACCUGAAGCUCGGCUGUGAUUGCUUGGGACAUAUCAGCUAUUUCGAUGCCUUGCUCACCGCUUCCGACGGAAAGCCCUACCAAGCCCCCAACGUGAUUUGUCUGCAUGAACAGGACGCCGGUAUUGGAUGGAAGCAUACCAAUGCCAGAACUGACGUUGCUGCUGUCACCCGUGCCCGAACUCUCGUGGUUCAGAGCAUCAUCACCGUUGGAAAUUACGAGUACGCGUUUUCCUGGCACUUCUGGCAAAACGGAACCAUCGAGUUCGAGACCAGAGCAACCGGAAUUCUCGCCACUAGUCUGAUCGAUGAAGGAAAGACAAGCCACUGGGGCAACGUCGUUUCUCCUGGUGUUCUGGCCGCUAAUCACCAGCAUCUCUUCAGUCUCCGUAUCGACCCCAUGAUCGAUGGCAUUGAGAAUACGCUCGUACAGGAAGACUCCAUCGGUUUGCCCAUAUCAGAGGAGAACCCCUACGGCAAUGCUUGGAAGCUGCACAAGACCUUUAUCGAAAAGAGUUGCUCCUUAGAUGCCGACCCACAGAAGGCCCGAGUCUUCAAGAUUGUCAACGAGAAGAAGCUCAACCCCAUCUCCAAGAACCCAGUCGGUUUCAAGGUCAUAGCCCCACCAGCACAACUCCUCAUGGCCGAUCAAGCCUCCCUCGUCCGCAAGCGCGCUCGUUUCGCAGAGCAUCAUAUCUGGGUAACCCGCUACAAGGAUGAUGAUCUCUGGGCUGGUGGAAAGUGGACCAACCAGAGUCUGAUUGAGAAGGACGGUGUGGCGGAUUACGCGGCGCGCAAGGAUAAUGUUCGGGGAGAGGAUCUGGUCGUGUGGGCGACCUAUGGACUUACGCAUAAUCCCCGCGUGGAGGAUUACCCGGUUAUGCCUGCUGAGGCUAUCACUGUUGCACUCAAACCUGCUGACUUUUUUGAUCGCAAUCCUGCUCUUGAUGUACCCCCUAGUACUCAGGCUGUCAACAAGAGUGUGCUGGUCCCCGCCAAUGGUGUCAGCAAUGGGGAUGAACGAGAGAUUAGUGCAUCUUACAUGCGACGUUGGUGCAAUGGCUAUUUGGUCUUUCAGAUGCUUAUUGUAACUGAAUAA